UUUUUUUUUUUUUUAUUUUGUCGGUCGGGGAAAAAGUGGGCGUUUCAAACUCCUAAAUGUGCAGCCGGGUCAAUCGGAUGUAUUUCAACAAAUCGUGAUUUCUCUACAUGAUCGACCGAGCGCAGCACCGCUUUUCGUUUUAAUCGCAGAACCUUUAAACGCCGCGACCAAAUCGAAACCGGCUCGUUCUGCUUUCGUUAUUCGGCUAAUCAGGUUGGAUAUCGCCGUGCGGAUAAUAGGGCGAAGCUCGUAUCGUCGUGUCUUUUUCGAUCAAACGUAAUCGUGGCUCUAUCUGCGAUAAAACCUGGAUUGCAGCAUGAAUAAUCUGGAGUGCGGUGUUCGUCUGUGAAAUUACUGUUAAUUAUUCAAAUCAAGAAACAUUAAUCCUUGAAAAACUGACUCGCCUGGAUAUUGUCCACCCUAGGACAAGUUUGAAAAAAGCUCCAAAGCUAGGGAGUGACGUUAUCGGUUUAAAAAGCAAAGUUGUUGAUUAUAAAAUCUCAGCGAUAAUACCAGGGGUCACGAAAAUAUCAAGGAUCGUGUCGAUUCGACCGAGGAGAUUUGAUGAAACAUAAAAUGAAUUCGUUAGUUGGGACUUGACGAGAGAAGUGAAAAGGAAUUGAAAAGAAGAAAAAAUACAAGGUACCCGAAUUCAGAUGUGAACUGCAUUCAUAACAUCGUUGGUAAUAUCAUUGCGCGAUGAAGACCGAAGGAAAGCUUCUUAACAAGGUUUUAUCGAUAAGAUUUACGAAAAUGAGGAAACGGCUCGUGCUCGGAUUCGCCAGUGUGGUAUUCCUCUUCAUCCUAGUGAUAUCGAGCGACAGUGACAUGAUACAAAGGGUUACACCCUUCUUGGGAUACGCUCAGGAACGCGACGUAUCCUGCUACGAAGAGUCCCCGACGAUCGACUCGAUCGAGCAAUUCGAAUCCGAAGAAGGUACGAUUUCGGAAAGACGGAUAUUCUUCCACGAGACGUCUUGCUUCGGGGAGGAAGGCGCCAUCCUAAACGCCCGUCAAGCUUGCGCCGUCGAAUCGGCGGCGAUGAUGAACCCGAAGACGACGGUUUACCUGCUCUUCGUAAGUCCGGUAAAGUUUGCGAACGCCUCUAAAGAGAUAGUCAGGCAGUUGACGAGCUACGAGAACGUCAGGAUACGACACAUUUCCAUGGAGAGGUACACGAAGGGAACACCGAUCGAGGAAUGGUACGCCACGGACGUUCUUAAGACAAGUCGAUGGCCCAGGAGUCACAUGUCGGACAUACUGAGGUACCUCACCCUCUGGAAAUACGGUGGGAUUUACCUCGACCUCGACGUCGUCGUCACAUCGAGUCUGGAACACCUGACGAAUUUCGCUGGUGCCGAAGACUGGGAAGAUGUGGCUGCCGGUGUUUUGGGCUUCGAGAAAUCGAGCUUGGGUCGAAGGAUGGCUGACGCUUGUCUGCGGGACCUGAAGACCAACUUCCGGGGUGACGUGUGGGGCAAUAACGGUCCUGGGGUGAUAACGAGGAUCCUCCAAAAGCUCUGCGCUACCAAAUACGCUCGAGAUAUGACGACGGUUCGGUGCCAUGGUUUCACCGUCUAUCCGCCAUCGACUUUCUACCCGAUCCAUUACAAGAAAUGGAAACGCUACUUCGAGGAGACGGACAGAAACUCGACGUUCAAAAUGCUCGAGGAUUCCCUCGUCAUUCACGUAUGGAACAAGCUAAGCAAGGACCAAAAAAUCAACGUCGGUAGUCGGGCUCCUUAUGCCGUUAUUGCUCAAAAACAUUGUCCCAAAGUCUACAGUCACUGCGGGAAAGUAUUUUGAAGGGAAACUGUAAGUAUUACUUUUAUAAGCAAUGCGAAAG